CCCCACCACCACCAUACAUUUCGCAUCACACUCCACGUGAUCAUAACCAAGCUAGAAACCAGCUGCUGGUGGGAGAGAGAGGGUGAGUGAUGGAGGGAGGGAAAGAGAGAGAGAGAGAGGGAGAGAGAGAGAGAGAGAGAGAGCGCCAAACACCGACUCACUGCGACUCAGAACGCACCACACAUACUAAGUAAACGGGGGAUCGCUCCGCUCGCGCAGGAGAGCUGCUCGUUUCACCCGUGGUGGAUACUAUUACACAACUGCCGUCGUCUCCAAACCUUGUCCGUUGGAUACUUUGCCUACAUCCUCUCAGUUUUACAGUUUUCUUACCUGCUUUUGUAUCACCCCCUGUUUCUUUCCCAUCUUUCCUCCCCCUCUCCUCAUCCUUGAGCAUCCUCCCCUUCUCGCAAGUCUUCUUGCCUGCCUGGCUAACUUUUCCACCCGACUCCAUCCCACACAACCUCCUCCAUCGCUCACCAAACCCUCAGUUUCACCACCCGUCCUCCUAUUGCAGCAGCCUCCCCUUUGGAACGGGCGGAACCCAUUUGGUCAGUCCACACGGGACACUACAUGGGGCGCACGGUCGGAAAAUGGUCUGCUGUCGGUGUCUAGGCGCCCCGCUGAACCUGCCGGGAUUGGAGUUGUCAGUGCGCGUCUGCAUUUCUUUCCCACCUCGCCUGUGCUGUCGGGGCCAGUGAGAUAUGGGUCUCUCCGUGGCGGCGCAGGCACCACUCAAGGAGCCCCGACGCCUGCGCCAGUGGAGCGGGACGGCGGGAGGCUGGCUCAGGAUCACCCUCGUAUCGUUUCUCGCCACUUUACCUGUGGAGCAGCUGCGCGCCUUCCCUUCCUCCCUCAGCGACUGCCAGACGCCGACCGGCUGGAACUGCUCCGGUUUUGAUGACCGAGACACAGACCUGUUCUUGUGCGACACCAACACAUGCAAGUUCGACGGGGAGUGUCUACGAAUCGGGAACAUGGUGACAUGCAUUUGCGACUUCAAGUGCAACAAUGACUAUGCCCCAGUGUGCGGCUCCAACAAUCAGAACUACCAGAACGAAUGUUUCCUGCGCAGGGAUGCUUGUAAGCAGCAGUCUGAAGUACUUAUUAUGUCAGAAGGCGCCUGUCCUGCUGAUGCCGGCUCAGGAUCAGGAGACGAUGGAGGAGAGGGCUCAGCUGAGGCAGGGCAGAAGGAAACGUCCACCUGUGACAUUUGCCAGUUUGGGGCUGAGUGCGAUGUGGAUGCAGAGGAUGUUUGGUGUGUUUGCAACAUUGACUGCACCCACAUCAGCUUCAACCCGGUGUGCGCCUCCGACGGCCGUUCCUAUGACAACCCCUGCCAGGUGAAGGAGGCGUCCUGUCAGAAGCAGGAACGCAUCGAGGUCAAGUACCUGGGCCAUUGCCAAGGUGACAUCAUAUCCGGGAACAAAGGAGGAGAUGGACACUUUGCACGGACCGACAUCACAGAGGACACAGAUGACCCGAGGAAUGGGCUGGCUCGCGGCCUGUACAUCCCCUGUCCAGAUCACUACAAAAACUACUGCGUCCAUGGAGAGUGUCAGUACCCCAGUAUCCUGGCACAGCCAUCCUGCAGCUGUCACUCGGGUUUCAGCGGCCCCCAGUGUGACACCAAAGAGUACAAUGUGCUCUAUGUGGUGCCAGGCUCUGGCAAACUGCACUACGUCCUCAUCGCCUCUAUCAUCGGGGCACUCCAGGUGGUCAUCAUCUGUGUGGUGGUGCUCUGCAUUACCAGGAAGUGUCCACGGACCAACAGGAUCAACCGGCAGAAGCAGAACAAUGUCCACUUCAGUUCAGAGAACACCAUGCGCGCCUCCACUCGACUUAUCUGAGCCCAGACACAUCGGACAGAAUCCCCUCUCCACUUUAUGGAGCGCUGUGGCGUUAAAUGUUCUCCCCUUGUAGGCCAACCCCCGAAAAAUUAGGAUCUGCUUCCCCUCACUCCUCGCCCUCUCUCCCAGUAUGAACUUUAAGGAUGCCCAGGGAGGAUGGUGGCAAAGCAAAGACAGAGCUGGCACACCAGUCAGUGGUGAGACUCACACGUGGAUAAUGUCGUCAUCAACGUCUCCAGUUGCCGAUAUGUCACUUUUGAACCUUGUAACUUGCGCCCAGGGUUUUUCUGAGAAACUGAACCAUGAGGGGGUGGGGGGGCUGAGGAUAUUGAAUGUGAGUAUGUGUGUGUGUGAGUGUGUAUUAGACGUGUGAGCUUUGGUAGAGGCGGGCUAGCCAGUGUCUGUCAUUUGUAGUUGAGGGGUAAAAGCAAACCGGGGUAGUGCAAAGCAGGGUAACGGGCUUUAAAAUGAGGUGUGGUUUGUUCGAUCUGGGAAGGGGGUGGGGGGGGUUUUGGGGCUACACGUGAUGCCUUGCACCUUGUGUUAUAGGAGACCUUUGACAGAGGGCACAAUGUUAUUAUAGAGCUCUCUGUUCGGUUGUGACGAUGACGUCAGCUACUGUAUCUUGGGUUCUAUUUCCAAUAGUUAUUACUACGUUGUCUUG